UCUGUCAUGGUGUUUCUAAACCUUCCUCUAUAAAUCUAAAUGGGGGAGCCAUUUAUAGCUAGAAAAAUCCCGCUGCUGUGCAGUGCAAUAGGAUGUGUUUAUUUUUCUGGAAGGUUUCCCAUUCCUUAGCUGGAAAGAUAUGUGGCCAUGAAUUAGGGAUAAGCAGAAGAGAAUUGAUUGGGUGUUAGAGUCAUGGAAAGAUCUCUUUCUUCCAUAUUUUGGACCUUAGCUUCAGGGAACAAUAUGCUACUUCCAAAAUACAGAAGAAUUGAAAUGUUAGAUCAAAACAUUAUGUAUGGAUGCUCUCUUUCCUCUUCAAGUUUACUUACUAUGGUACCAGAUUUAAUAUGAUCUCCACCAGAAAAACUUUUCUAUAAUGAAACGCGCUAGAUCCACCAAAUUAGGGCUGUGAGCCUUUCCAUUCUUUUCGUAGCAAUUCAUGAUUGUGAACAUGAAUGAUGGAGGAAUGGUUUCAUCGUCCUAUAGGAUAAGAGGAAUAUUUUUGUUUGUCAUAUCAAUUUUUAUUUUUUGAAAUUAAGGCUGCCAUCCUUUGGUGCCUUAACGGGUUUGCUAUUUAGUCAUAACCAUAUUUUUUGUUCAUAAUCGUUAGAAAGAAGCUCUUUAGUCAUGGUCUUAGAUGUGGUAAGUUAUCCUUAACUUCCUCCCCUUCUCUGUGAGUGUGUUCUUGCCCACUUUGUAUCAAUCUCUGAACUUACAAAUGCCUCUAUAGUUGUCUGCAACUCAUGCUUUAUAAUGUUAAAUCGGUCCAUGUUUAAUACAACUGAAAGAAUUAUUACAAGUUUUUCUUUUGCCCUCUUUUUACAAGUUUUUCUUUUGAAUGUCUUUCUCAAAUUCUUCUUUUUCUAUAGUGUUCUUCAUGUUGAUGUACGUUUGUUGAACUGGGAAUGACAUCUAACAGUGAUCUGAAUUGCCCAAAUAUAAUGAAUGAGUAAACAGAACUUGAAAAAUUAUUCGUAUGAUGUAGUUUGGCGAUGGUUGAAUCUAUUUGUUACAGUUAGAUAAAAUGAUCACACUUUGCAAUUGUGGUAUAUAAAGUGAUAUUUCUCUUUGUGAUCAAUUUUUUUCGGUGAAUUGUGUUUUCUAAUUGAGUGGUUGGGGGGAAAAAAGCUUAGGAUCUCACGGAGUGUCUAUAUGAGUGUCAAGACUUCUUUUUUUCCCCUUCUAGGUAUUGUCACAGUUUUCGAAUUAUAAAUUUACAGCUAAGCAUAAAUCUUCAAUUUCUGCAGCAGUGAAAGAAAUGAAGAUCAUGAGCACUAGGUUUUGUUAUCAACACUUAAUUGCCAUGUGCUAUGCAUGCUAUAACUACAAAUAUGAUCUCUUCAUAUUGCAGAUAGAUUUUAUAUGGAAAUUUGUCGAAUUGGACUGGCGGGUUUCUCUUGAGGCAAAAGAGGCUAAAGAGGAAAUUUGAAAUGGUUGAAAAUAAUGCUGUGCGUGUGCGAACGGCAAGUGAUGCUUGGAGUGAAGUAGAAUCUAUUGAGGACAUCCUUGCCAAUAUUCUCUCAAGGGUUCCCGUUAAGUCCCUUAUAGUUUCCAAAUCUGUUUCUAAACUCUGGUAUAGAUUGAUAUGCAGUCCAAAUUUCAUCAAUUUGCAGUUAAGCUGGUCCCUAGAGAACCCCACUUAUAUAAUCUACCCAUGUAUGGACGAGGUAAUGAAUUUGUAUCGGAUGAAGGGCAAUGGGGAAAUCAUUGAACAGAUUACGCUUCCUGGUUGUGAAAACCUUUCCCCUCUCAGUCUGAUUUGUUCUUAUACUGGUUUAAUCUGUUGCAUCAACUAUCCCUUGAUUCAUGACUUAGACAUGGAUAAAGUGGAUAUGACAGACUUUGAAAUCCGUAUCUGCAAUCCCGCAACUCGAGAAGUCUUUUUACUUCCAAACGGUAGUCCAUCCGAAAAGAAGCUAUCUAUUGGAGUUGCUUUUGGCCCCCAAACCUCCGAGUAUAAAGUAUUUCGGUUUUUUUAUUCCAAGCUUGAGUCCGAAGAUAUCCAUCUUGAGUGUGAGGUAUAUUCGUCACGUACUGGAUCCUGGAGAGGCAUAGGUGUUGUCGAGCACUGUCCCAUGGGUUUCCAGCACUGCCCCUUGGGUUCAAGUCAUGUAUUUGUUAAUGGAAAAGUGUACUGGUUUAUUGCUUCAGAAGAAGAUCAUGACAUCCCUGGCUCCAUUCUUUCAGUUGAUAUGGAGGACAAUUUUAGAACUUUCGAUCUUCCAGAUGAAGUCACUGAACACUCAUUCUUGGUUGCUCUUGAAGGUCGCUUAUCGCUAGUUGCAGUAUAUGAUGAGGAUGAAAUUGUGGAUAUAUGGGUUCUAGACGAUUCAAAUGAGCCUCAUUGGGAAAGGAGGCGUAGCGAUUAUGUUGCCUUCUCAAGUAUGGAAUGUGUUUACUAUGUAACUGCGCGGAAGAAUGAAAUUUUUUUCAUAACUACUGACCAUUAUCUGAUCUAUAAUCUGGAUCAUGGGACUUGGACAGAACUUGAUUUAGAAGAUACUUUUGAAAGGAAUCUUCCUGUUGCUCUUCCCUUUAUAGAGACUCUCCUCCCAUGUAAUGGCCUCCUGGGUCCUCCUGAAUGAGAGGACAACAUUUGAGAAAGGAAAUUGAUUGUCAUUCCUAAGGUUUUGGUAGAAAUAUGACAAGGAUUUCUGGGGUGACAACUGUCUGGUACUGAAGCUCAUGAUUCUGAGUGAAAUCUCUAUCUCAUUUCUUUUGGUUGUUUACCUUUAUCUUUUAGAACAUGUGAACUGGUGGUUGGUUGUUCAUGGAUGUAUUUGUUGCAAACUUUGAAAUAUGGAGGAGUUUACUCCAUGACUUUUCUUUUAUGUUUUUGGAUGAAUAAUUAAAAUAACUUUGGAUGAAUAAAGUUUACUAUGUCUUCUUCA